AUGAACGGAAGAGUUUUGUGUCUUCAUGGUUUUGCCCAAAACGGUCCCAAUUUUUCCGCAAAAGCAUCUGGAAUCCGAAAAGCUUUGAAAAAGUUUGACAUAGAAACUGUAUUUUUGAAUGCACCCCUGCAAUUGAAAGGUGCUGAUCUUCCCUUCGAUUCUGCAUCUUUGGGUGCUGACAGUGCUGACUCUGCCGAAGCUCCUGAUUUCAAAGGCUGGUGGUACACAGUUGAUGAUUUUGAUAUAGAACCAGCAUUUGAGGCCGUCCGAGAAUGUUGUAAAGAGAAAGGUCCCUUCACCGGAGUUUUAGGGUUUUCUCAAGGUGCAGGUCUCGCAGCUAUAUUGGCCAACAAGUUCUCUGAAAUAGUGCCUGGUCAUCCGGGACUGAAGUUUGGCAUUUUCUAUUCAGGAUUCAAAGUUAAUAACCAGAAAUAUUGGAAGUAUUAUGAGCCCAAGAUUAGUAUUCCAACGUUGCACAUUUUUGGGGAAUUAGAUACAGUUGUCAGCGAGGAAAGAUCUCAGAGAUUAAUAGAUGAGUGCUGUGUUCCAGAGACCACUCUGACUCUCAAACACCCUGGUGGACACUACGUUCCCAACAUCAAAGACCUUAUCAAUAAAGAGGUAUCCUGGGUUUUGAAUGCUUUAGAUCUUGAUCCAGAAGAGAUUAAAGCCAACAAGAAUAACAAAGGGAAAGCCCAGAGUGUAACCGGAGAAAAGAGCAAAAGACAACUGAAAAGAGAGCAAAAGGCUAAGCAAAAAGAAUCGGGUACUAGCACUCCAUCUAAAGAAACAGAAGAGGACAAAACUGCUAGAGAGCUCGGUGAGUUGAAUGACGAGUUUGACAAAAUUGGCAAGAUAUAA